AUGUGGACUUCAGUUAGAAUGAGCAAUGCAAAGAACUUGCUUGGACUUGGCGUCUCCUUGUAUUUUUGGGGACUGAUGGACCUUACUACAACUGUCCUGUCAGGAAGUGCCAGGCCCCUCACUGAAGGGCAAGAAGACAACAUGUCAGACAAGCUGCAUCAGCGCAUGAAGCGGAGCUGGGUGUGGAACCAGUUCUUCGUUCUGGAGGAGUACACAGGAACUGACCCUCUCUACGUUGGGAAGCUCCACUCUGACAUGGACAGGGGCGAUGGUUCCAUCAAAUACAUCCUCUCGGGAGAGGGAGCUGGCAUUGUGUUUACAAUUGAUGAUACCACAGGGGACAUUCAUGCCAUCCAGCGGCUGGACAGGGAAGAGAGGUCGCAGUACACCUUGAGGGCGCAAGCACUGGACAGGCGAACAGGCCGACCGAUGGAACCGGAGUCGGAAUUCAUCAUCAAAAUCCAAGACAUCAAUGACAAUGAACCCAAGUUCCUGGAUGGACCUUAUGUAGCCUCUGUCCCAGAAAUGUCACCUGUGGGCACCUCUGUUAUCCAGGUGACGGCGACAGAUGCUGAUGACCCAACCUAUGGGAACAGCGCAAGAGUAGUGUACAGUAUUCUCCAAGGACAACCAUAUUUCUCUGUGGACUCUCGGACAGGCUUAAUUAGAACAGCUCUAAUGAACAUGGACCGAGAAGCAAAAGAAUAUUAUGAAGUGAUUAUCCAGGCCAAGGAUAUGGGUGGACAGCUGGGAGGAUUAGCUGGAACAACCACAGUCAACAUCACCCUCUCUGAUGUCAAUGACAACCCGCCCAGAUUUCCGCAGAAGCACUAUCAGAUGAGCGUGCUGGAGUCCGCUCCCGUCAGCUCCACUGUGGGCCGCGUGGUUGCUAAAGACCUGGACGAAGGCAUUAAUGCGGAGAUGAAAUACAGCCUUGUGGAUGGAGAUGGACUGGAUGUCUUUGACAUUAACACUGAUCCUAAUUACCAAGUUGGCAUCAUAACUGUGAGAAAGCCUUUAAGCUUUGAGAGCAAGAAAAGCUACACCUUGAAAGUGGAGGGUGCCAACCCCCACCUGGAAAUGCGGUUCCUGAACCUGGGUCCCUUCCGCGACACCACCACCGUCCACAUCAGUGUGGAGGAUGUGGACGAACCUCCCGUGUUCGAGCCCAGCUUCUACUUUGUGGAAGUGCCCGAGGACGUGGAGAUUGGAACCACGAUACAGACCAUUUCUGCCAAGGACCCGGAUGUGACCAACAACUCAAUCAGAUACUCGAUUGACAGGAGCAGUGAUCCGGGGCGGUUCUUUUAUGUCGACAUUACAUCAGGAGCACUGAUGACUGCAAGACCUCUUGACCGGGAGGACGUUUCUUGGCACAACAUCACCGUGCUGGCCAUGGAGCUGAACAACCCUUCGCAGGUGGGCAGCGUCUCUGUGACGGUGAAAGUCCUGGAUGUGAACGACAACGCGCCGGAGUUUGCAAGGUUUUAUGAAGCUUUUGUUUGUGAAAACGCCAAAGCGGGGCAGCUGAUCCAGACAGUGAGCGCCAUCGACAAGGAUGACCCACAGGAGGGUCAGCACUUCUACUACAGCCUGGCUCCGGAGGCAGCCAACAACCCCAACUUUACUCUAAGGGACAAUCAAGAUAACACAGCAUGGAUUUUGACAAGGCGCUCUGGCUUCAGACAGCAUGAGCAGAACACCUUUUACCUCCCCAUCCUGAUUAGCGACAAUGGUCGCCCUGUGCUGAGCAGCACGGGUACGCUCACCGUGCACGUGUGCAGCUGCGAUGAUGAUGGCAUGGUCAUGUCCUGCAAUGCGGAAGCCUACGUGCUCCCCGUCAGCCUGAGCAGAGGGGCACUCAUUGCGAUCCUCGCCUGCAUCUUUGUCCUGCUAGUGCUGGUGCUCCUCAUCCUCUCCAUGCGGCGCCAGCGGAAGCAGCCGUACAUCAUCGAUGAGGAGGAGAACAUCCACGAGAACAUCGUCAGGUACGAUGACGAGGGCGGCGGGGAGGAGGAUACAGAGGCCUUCGAUAUUGCCGCCAUGUGGAACCCACGGGAGGCCCAGCUGGUGGUGAAAAACCGGCAGGACAUGCUCCCUGAAAUAGAGAGCCUCUCCCGAUACGUGCCUCAGGCGUGCGUCAUGGACAACAACGUCCACAACUACGUGCUCGCCAAGCUGUAUGAAGCUGACAUGGACCUGUGGGCGCCUCCCUUCGACUCCCUCCAGACGUACAUGUUUGAAGGGAACGGCUCGGUGGCGGAGUCGCUCAGCUCCCUACAGUCGGUGACGACAGACUCAGACCAGAGCUACGACUACCUGACGGACUGGGGGCCGCGCUUCAAAAAGCUGGCCGAGAUGUACGGUGCCACGGACAGCAGUGGGGCUCUGUGGUAA